AUGGAGAUAACUCGGGCCAGACCGUCGCUGUAUGGAGAAAUCGCUCAUGGCCUCGGGUUCUGGACAGACCGGUCAGCCGUGCACGAAGCUGCCGCUCAGGGCCGAGCCCUACAGCUGCAGCAGCUGAUUGAGGCGGGUGCGGCCGUAAACAUCGUGGCCGUGGACUCCAUCACCCCGCUGCAUGAGGCGUGCAUUCAGGGUCAGACCCAGUGUGUCAGGCUGCUUCUGGACGCCGAUGCACAGGUGGAUGCUAGAAACAUUGAUGGAAGCACCCCGCUGUGUGACGCCUGUGCGGCCGGUAGCUUGGAUUGUGUAAAACUGCUGUUGGAGUACGGAGCAACCGUCAAUCCUCCUCUGUUCACUUUCUCUCCGCUUCAUGAGGCUUGCAUGGGAGGUAACUCAGACUGUGUUCAGCUGAUGAUUGAUCGAGGAGCCUUCAUGGAGGCUCAUGACUGUCACUAUGGAACGCCGCUUCAUGUAGCCUGUGCCAGGCAGCACUUUGACUGCGCCAAAGUGCUCCUCAUGGCAGGGGCCAAUGUGAACGCCUCCAAGCUCCAUGAGACGGCUCUUCAUCACGCAGCUAAAACUAAGAACACGGAUCUGAUAGAGCUGCUUGUUGAGUUCGGUGGAAAUGUUUUCGCCCGCGACAACCUCAACAAGAAGCCCAUCCACUACACCAGCGUGGGAUCUCCCUCAUAUCUCUGCCUCGAGUUCUAUGAAAACACUCCCCUCAGCCUGCAGCAGCUCAGCAGAGUGGCUUUGAGGAGGACUCUCGGCACACGUGCGCGUCAAGUCAUUUCGGAGCUGUCCUUCCCCAAGAGCAUCAUAAGAUUCCUUUCUUACAUGAAACCUCUUGUUAUUGAAAUCUAAACACAUUUAAUAAGCUUAUUCUGACAUCUAAAUAAGCUAAUCCUGGGGUUUGUUUAGGAUCCAACAUGGCAGGAUGCCGGGAGUUUGCACUCAAAACAACCAAGACUGCAAAACUAGCCGGACCUAUGAAGCAUGUUCUCAUGAGGGUUGUUCUUACAAAGAAAGGAGGGCAGGCUGCAUGUAGAGACUGGACACUAACACAUUUCUAUAAAACAAGGGAAUCUCUUGAUAACAGCGACACCAACAAGGACUUUUUUUCUUUUUGCCUGUUAAGGUCAUUUCUUUAGAAAUUUGUGUGAAUUUGCGCAAGAGGUCUGCAGGCUUGUUACAACUGGCAGGGUUCUUUGAAGCCAUUACCGGUAACAGAAUCUGUUUUUUCAUGUUUCUGGGAACUGCUUUACACUGAACUGACUAGUCUGAAUCAAAGCAGCGUGAACUUUAGAUCACCACUAGUCAUACAGGUCGGGUGAAUAAUGUCUGCCUCUCUCAUAAAUCGUAGCUAUCCUAACCUUAUCCUAGCUUGGCAAUCAUAAAUGUUCUAUAGAAACUGAAGCAUACUAAUGAACGUUGCGCUUAUCGCUAGGAAACCAUAAAAAGUACAGAGUCACAUGGAAGCCAUCUUUACAGCAAUAUAUAUGUAAGAGGCGUCAUCAAAUUCUUUAAGGAUAAACUGACUCUAAAUGAGCUUAUUAUUUAAUAAUUAGCACUGUAUAAUUGUAUGUACUUGUACAUAUUCUGUAACUAUUCUUUUUUUUUUGUAAAUAUGUAAAUUGUACAGAUGUUAUACCUGUAUGAAGUUUGUGGAAAUAAAAAGACCAAAAUCAGUCUGUAA